AUGGUGGAUGUGCCGAGGCAUUACCGAAAGUACUACGUCUCGUACAAGAAGAUUAAAAGAACCAUACUCAGGAUGGGGCGCAAAUAUAAAAAGAAGGAAAUCAAAAAGAUAAACAAAUUUUCGGAAAAAAAGUACGACGAAAUUAUUGACAACCUGAUGACCACCUACGAGCAACUAAAGUCGGUCGACAGCUACCCCACCAAAAACGAAAAAGAAGAAAUGGAAAAAAAAAUAGACUUAAUAGGUUGUGACAUUGUCCAUUUUGAUUUUUACAUUCAAAAAAAUUGCAAAAUAUUAAUGAAAUUGGGUUUUUUUUUCGAUCAUGUAAUGAGCAUCUCCAUUAACCAGUGGCUCCUUCUCGGCUUAAUAAAGGAAAAGUUUUGCAACAUUAAUGUGGACGAGUUGGUGGUCUACCUGUCCCUUCUGUAUGCCCUGCACCGUUCUCGCUGCACCGUAAACGCAUACAACGGCACUACCCCCCCAGAUGGUAGCAGGACCUGGGUCCCACCUGACACCUUCGAACGGACAUCCACGAAAUUUUUAAUGAAGUAUGAGGACAUCGUAUACACUAAAGUCAGAAUUGUAAAGCACUUGCCCUACUUAAUAUUCGGACUAAGCAAUCAGGACCUGGAGGAACACUUCCAAAAGUUCGUACAAAUGAAGAAGCGGAAAUUCUUUGAUGAGAUGGAUGGAGAGUUAGAAGUUACAGAGGGGAAAAACAAAUCGCUGAAUGAAUCUCAACAAAUAACUUCCGUCUAUUUGGAUAAUAAAGAAGCCACGUGUUAUAGUAACAGAAUUUUGAGGUAUGAGAAUGCGCAGCUUAUUCGGUUCAGGUGGUACAAUGAUAAUGAUGGGGACCCGGAGAAGGUCAUUUUUAUUGAGAGGAAGAUUCACCACGAGGAGUGGACUGGAGAGACCUCCACCAAGGAGAGGUUCGAGUUGGAGCAGAAGCACGUGUUCAGGUUUAUGACUGGCCAAAUGGAUGUGCAGAAGUUUUUCCAAAAGAGGAGAAGGGGAGCAGCAGUGGGGAAGCAGCCCACCUUGGUGAAAGAUCCCACCCUGGUGAAAGCCCCCUCCGUGGGGAACUUGCAGAAGAAAGCGAAGAAGAACGAGGCGCUCGCAACGGAGAUCCAAGACAUGAUAAUGAAAAACGGCUUGGAACCAAUCAUCAGAACAUCCUACCUCAGAUCGGCGUUCCAACUCAGUAAUGAUAACUCCGUGAGGAUUUCCAUCGACACAAAUGUAUCAAUGUUGAACGAAUACGUAAGUAAAAGAGAGCACUGGUGUAGGCUAGCAGAGGAGGCCUUGCGAACAAAUGAAAUAAGGAGAUUAAAUUAUGCAAUCAUUGAAGUUAAACUAAAAGUGGAGAAAAUCCCCCAGUGGGUACAAGCCAUAUUAAACAGCAACCAUUUUAUUAACGCAUAUAAAUAUUCAAAAUAUCAAACAGCCAUGGCUUUGCUACACCCGGAGAAAAUAAAAUACAUUCCUGUGUGGAUCCAUGCUAAUGUCCAUGAAAAAUUCAAGCCUGACAAUAAUUAUGCCGAGUCGGUUUUGACUCGGUGUAGUAGUUGUGGAAAGGCAGAUGACACUAACGUCGAUUCUAUGCAGGCAUCAGUUGGGGUGACCAUCGAAAAAGUUGGCAGUAUUACCCCUGCAGCAAGUAACCGCCACGAAGUAAUCCCCCUACAGGGAAAUGGUAGUCUCCCGUGGAAUGGAAGAAAAAUAAUUGAUGUGAAUGGUUUUUUACACAAAACGACCAACCCAUCCUCUCAUCAGCCUUUAGAAAAAUGGAACAUGUUAGACAAAACUUCGCUCUGGCUGAGUCACAAAUAUAACAGAAAUAAAAAUGUACAGGAAAAAAUCAACCUGCUGAAAAUCGAUCCCAAAAUAAAUUUCGCCGCGGAGAGAACCUUUCUGCAUUACUCCCUGGUCUCCGUGUAUAUCACCUUGUUGGCGCUUUUUUUAGAAAAAUAUAAAAAUGAAAAUGAGCAAUUGGAUCUUGUCAUUAUUUUGCUCCUCGCAACUUCCUUCUCCUCUUUGAUAUCCUCCUACUUCCUCUUUUUGAAGCGCAUCGAGAUUAUUGAGCGGCGAAAGACGAAGGAACCGCUGCUUGGCCGCCGCCGCUUCGACAGCUUUUACAGCCCCCUCAUUUUUUUACUCCUCCUCUUUUUCUCCAUCAUUUUGUCAAUAUAUUUCAACUUCAACGUGAAGGCGAUAAAG